AUGAAGUUUGGGUUCCCCAUGGAUGGGCUGCUUGCCCUGGCAUCGCUUCACCUGGCAUUCCUUGAUCAAUCCAUGAAAGAACAUUACACCGAGGUUGCCAUCCAGUACCAGAACUCAGGACUCAAUGCCUUCAAGGAGGCUCUGGAUUCUAUUUCGGAAGAAAGCGCGACGGCUGUAUUCGCAUUCUCGAUUGUCACCACCAUCCUAGCUUUCGCGAUCUCGUCAGGACACCAAGUAUCCAACGUCUCCGACACCUUUGUCUCCAUCUGUCAACUGCUUAGAGGAGUGAGAACGAUAGUCUUCGCCUCGGAAAUUUCGAUAAGAACCGGCCCCCUUGGGGCGUUGGUGGAUCCGACCAGCAAUUCAAGCGUUUCAAACUCUCCGAGUCCACCUAGCCUCAAAAGAGACGGCAUUCAGGCAGCCAUGGCUGAAUUCCGUGAGCAAACAGGCGCCGUCGGAAAAUAUUCCACCCCGAAAUCACAUCAAGCCUACCUGUCAGGCAUUAAAAGUCUUGAAACGAGCUUUGACAUGGUUGCCCAAGGUCCAAAGGUGGCUGUAGUAGCUGGCUGGCCAGUAGAAGUAACGGACGAGCUUGUUGAACUCUUCAAACAAGGAGAUCCAAUAGCCAUUCUUAUCUGCAUACAUUAUGGUGCUCUAGCCCUUGAGGUUCAUGACAGAUGGUGGGGUAAAAACUUUGGAAUUGAUCUUAUCGAUGAACUGUCACAGUCUCUGCAUUCCAUCGACCCCGAGUGGGCUUCUCACACCGAAUGGGCGAGAACAUUGUCUGCAUCCGUUGCGAACAAUGUUACGUGUUCUUUGUAA